AUGAUCCGCAUGAAAAGGACCCUUUGCCGAAAAUACAAGCAGGCGAAGAAUGGCAUUGCCGAAAGUGAAAAGGCUUUUGACAUACUCAAUGAAGCAGCACCUGGCGAUUCAAAGACAGAGUGGCUAGCCAGCGAGAGGAUCGCUCAGUCCAGCAGAAUAAAUAAUCCUGCGGCUAUGGAUGUAUAUGAGAUUAAUAUCAAGAAGGCACCGAGCAAAAAGGAGAUCGAGCUUAGGCUACUAGAGGAGGGUAAUGCCCGAAAUGCAGCACCUGCUCGCAGGUCUGUGGCGACAUGGAUAUCAAUGGGGUUGGCAAUUGAAGAGGCUCAAAUCGCAUUGCUCAUUGAGGUCCGAAGAAUUGGUAGAAGAACUACCGAGACACAGAAGUUAGACAUCGCCCGGCAACGCGAUCGUCUCCAAGGCCAGAUAGAUGGAUUCACUCGGUCUGCUAUUACGCAUCUCGGAGAGGGAUUUGAUGCAGAUGAUGAUCCUGAAGACUUGUACUUGGACAUUCUUGAUGAUCUCGAUGAUGACUUGGCAGACUUCACCGAGACAUCUGACACAUGGGCAAACUCCCCUGAGCUCACUGUAAUCCCAUUGCCAUCAAACCUCGGGGUAGAUCGAUGCAGACGCUGUAUGGCAGACGAUCUCAUUCCGCUGGAGAUGUCUCUUCGUGAAGGGCAGGCCAAUGACUCCCUUCACAACCUCCGAAUUCACUUGUGCAACAAGGCGAUUCUGUUUCGAACAACAGUUAGGCAAGCCAAAUCCCAGGCCCUGAAAACUCGAGCUUGGUCCCAGGUGACGUCGGUGCAGCAGGCAGUGUCCCUCCAUGCCAGUAUAUAUACGAAGACGAGGAAGCAAAUGAUGCAACUGGAGCCAGGGCAAGACCAGGUUCAGAAAUACAAACCCCUGCUUCGAGAGCAACUCAAAAUCAGCACUGCUGUCGGCGAUCCAAAUGCCCGAGUCGAAGUCGACCUUGGGGGUCCCGAUCACUCAUGGAAUGAGGAAUUUUACCGAGUUCAUUGGCUCCGGGAAAAGGCACUAUGGGAUCGAUGGAAGGAAGAAAUGAUGUUGGUCCAAUUGGAGAUGGAUUGGACAUGUAACUUUUUCUUGUGGAAAGCAACCCAAUGGGGUGACAGGAUGCGGGAAUCAUUGGUGAAACACCUUCCGGGUCAUGCAUGCUACUCGGGAAGGCAAUCCCAAAUGUAUUCAUUGCUGGCACAGGAUGCCCAGGCAGCAUUUCAAGACCUGAAGACCGGGUUUAUAGAUGCUCAAGAUGAAUGA